AUGUGGAAACCAUCAGUCUGCAUAUCCCGAGCCACUCGUCGGUCUCGCAACAGUGCUCCCCCUAUUACCACGGCCACCGCAUUCAGCACCGUCGCCCGAAACAGCACCCAUCAUGCGCGCGCCACGCGCCGACAGACAUACCCGCUCUACCACCUGCGGUGUUUCCACGACUACUUCAUCACGCACAUCCCCUCCACUUCGCUCCACCCCGACUCGAGAACAGCGGCAGGUCCGCACCACAAGCUCCCUCGGGACAAGAGCAUACCUCAUGACGGGCAGGGAACACCCGCCGCAACCAUUGCCCCUUCGUCGCGCGACAUGACGGUAGUUCGCAUUCCCUUGAAGAGCGCAAAACACCACUUUGGCGUCUCUCUCUCGCGCGGUACGCGCCCCUACAACGAAGACGCCUUCCAGGCCGGCACCAUCGAGAUCCCCGCGUUCGCGAAGAGGCGCCCCGUGUCGUUGACGAGGAGCGCGAAUGGCGUGGUCAACGGCAGCGACAUCACGCCUGCUGGGAGUGCGAGCGGGGAUCCACAGGUUUUCUACUUUGGAGUCUUUGAUGGGCAUGGGGGGAGUGAGUGUUCGGGGUUUCUGAGGGAGCAGUUACAUACAUAUGUGGAGGAGGCAGCGAGGCUAUUCGAGUUGGAAAGUAGUCUUAAGAGGAGAGGUGGCCAAGGGAGAUGGCCGACCAGUUUGCAGGAUCCAGAAACGAAAAAGAAGGAAAAGAAGAAGAGUAUAGAAGACGCAGAGAGGGAGGCCCUGGAUGCGGUAAAAAUGCAUACACCACGUGAAGUCAAGCCAUUGAAGCCCGAGGAUAAGCCGAAGUCGGGGUUGGAGUCCAAGGGGAAGCCAGCACUGGGGGAUCCGCCGCUGCGGCAAUCGCAGAGUGUAAGGAAGGCCGAAGAGCUAGAAAUGAACCUCACAAGGGAUUGGAAGGAAUUGGUGGGAGGGUACUUUAGGCGGUUCAAGCCUGAGCAUUUCUCCAUGGCAGCUGGCGGGCGAGGACAUCCCCAUGAGAAAGACGUGGUUGCCAGGCAGACCUCUCCGAACUCGCCAAUAUCGGACAGCACGAAAGAAGGCAUGGGCAUUGAGACGGUGUUAGAGUACGCCUUCCUCAAGGCUGACUACGACUUUGUUUCGGCGCAGGUGGGCAAGCAAGACGAAGACCCGGUCCUUGCGGACAAGGCCAUCAAUGACGACGACAUCCUAGGCCAUCCCUCCCGCUCAGGCAAGGCUAUCGGCGGACCCAAACGCUUCAAGGGCGGCAGCACUUGCAGCAUUGCCCUUAUAUCUACACCCACGCCCACCCCCUUCUGGAACCCAUCAUCGCCUUCAACACUCAUUACGGCCCACGUCGGCGAUACACGGAUCCUUCUCUGUCGAACAGACACAGGCCUGGCCGUCCCUCUUACCACGAACCACCACCCCUCGAUGCCCGAAGAAGCGACACGGCUCCGGCGCUACGCCGCGGCGUUCGUGACCGACUCCUUUGGUGAGGAGCGCGUCUCGGGCCUUGCCAACACGCGCUCGUUUGGCGACAUGGCGUCGAAGCGCAUCGGCGUGAGCGCCGAGCCGGAAAUCCGCCGCAUCGAACUCCACCCCGCAGAAUACAGUUUCCUGGUCCUCGUCUCGGAUGGCGUGUCGGGCGCGCUGAGUGACCAGGAGAUUGUGGAUAUCGUGAAGGAGGCCAAAACCCCGGAGCAGGCUGCCAGGGAUGUUACGGCCUUUGCGACGGAGGUGAGCACGGAUGCGGACAAUGCGACGACACUGGUUGUGAGGCUCGGAGGGUGGGAGAGGAGGUCCGAGGGGGGAUUGGGAAGUUUGGGGACGAAGGAGUUGCGGGAUUGGAGGAAGCAGGAGGCGGAGAACCCGCGGGGGAGGGGUGGGAGGAUGUGA